AAACAGCGAUCACGUGAUCUGCGCGCUGAAGUCACGUGACGGCCUGCCGUAGCUCAGCGCUCUGCUUUCUGACUUCAACCUUUGUCCACCGCGGUGCAAGUUGCGCAUGUUCCUCUGCCGCCUCAGAUUGUGAGGAGGUUUGUUUCACAGUCAGAAACUCAAGAGGGUUUUCAGGAGGAAGAAGCGAUAAGGCGAGCGCCAUUUUUAGAGUGUGACCAAAGUGACGAUUCACGGGGGUAAACAUUAGCUUAGCAAACACCGGGUGUCAGCCCUGCUGCUGACCGAAGCAUGAGGCAGCCGUCUGCCACGCUGUGACCAGACGUCAGGUACCUGUGUUAAGGUAGACGCUUGGUCUGCAUGCACAACUGCGGGAGUACCAUUGAUGCACCAUUAAGACCAGUGGUGCGCCGACUUAUUGUCGAUUUCCUUAAUUUUGGGAGAUUGAUGAUCGGCCGAUUCUUGCAUGUGAAGCAGAUGUUAUCUACCUCAGCAAAGCAGGGAUGAACAGCGAAAACAUCACCCUCUGCGAGAAAACCGUCUCGUCGUCCUACAUCCGCCAGGGCUCUCAGGCUCGCCGUGGCCACGAACAGCUCAUCAGACAUUUACUGGACCAGGGUAAGUGUCCGGAGGAGGGAUGGAGCGAAAGCACUGUGGAGCUGUUCCUAAACGAGCUGGCCGUGAUGGACAGCAACAACUUCCUCGGCAACUGCGGUGUCGGAGAGAGGGAGGGCCGCGUGGCGUCCAGCCUGGUGGCGAGGAGACAUUACAGGCUGAUCCACGGCAUCGGUCGGUCGGGUGACAUCGCUGCCGUUCAGCCCAAAGCCGCAGGAUCCAGUCUGCUCAACAAGCUCACAAACUCUGUUGUUCUGGACAUCUUGAAGAUUUCGGGUGUUCGCAGUGUGGCAAGCUGCUUUGUUGUUCCCAUGGCAACAGGAAUGAGCCUGACUCUGUGCUUCCUGACCCUCCGUCACCGCAGACCCAAGGCCCGCUACAUCAUCUGGCCUCGCAUUGACCAGAAGUCAUGUUUCAAGUCCAUGAUCACAGCAGGGUUUGAGCCCGUAGUUGUGGAGAACGUCACGGAGGGGGAUGAGCUGCGAACGGACCUGGAAGCGGUUCAACGCAAGAUCGACGAACUUGGAGCAGAAAACAUCCUGUGCGUUCAUUCGACAACGUCUUGCUUCGCUCCCCGGGUCCCCGACAGGCUUGAAGAACUGGCCACUAUGUGCGCCAAACAUGACAUCCCUCACAUCGUCAACAACGCGUACGGAGUGCAGACAUCCAAAUGCAUGCAUCUUAUACAGCAGGGGGCUCGUGUGGGAAGAAUCGACGCCUUUGUUCAGAGCUUGGACAAGAACUUCAUGGUUCCAGUAGGUGGCGCCAUAAUCGCAGGUUUUGAUGAGUCUUUUGUGCAGGAGAUAAGCAAGAUGUACCCAGGUAGAGCAUCGGCUUCACCUUCCCUCGAUGUCCUCAUUACCCUUCUCACUCUGGGAGCCAGCGGCUAUAAGAGGUACCUAACGGAGAGAAAGGAGAUUUAUUCCUUCCUGGCUGAGGAGCUGAAGAGUCUUGCUUCUGCACACGGCGAGAGGUUGCUUCACACCCCACAUAAUCCCAUAUCGCUGGCCAUGUCUCUAGACGGUCUCCAGGCCUCCAGCAACCAGGCGGUGACUCAACUCGGCUCCAUGCUGUUCACCCGACAGGUGUCAGGAGCGAGGGUGAUACCGCUGGGUAAGGAGCAGACGAUAAGCGGUCACACCUUUCGUGGAUUCAUGUCGCACUCCGAGUCGUACCCCUGCCCGUACCUCAACGCCGCCUCGGCCGUGGGCAUCACCCGAGACGACGUGACGCUGUGCAUGAAGAGACUCGACAAAUGCCUGAAAGCUCUGAAGAAACAUGGGAAAACGGCGGGCAGCUGCUCUGCAGAACCUCAGGCCGAUCAGGAGGCGCCGGAUGAAGAAUGACUGAGCAGAGGAAGUUUAAGCUCCCUACCUCUUAAUCUAGUUUGAUACUUUAAGAGACUGGUACAAUCUUGAAUGUUUGUUAAACAGAAGAUUGAUCAUUUCUACAGAUUUUAUUUUUAAUUAAAGCUGUUUGCACUGUGA